AUGAGUCAACAUCACUACGAUGGGCACAAGACAAUCUGCUCUGCUGAAGACAAGGCGGUUGCAGGACGAUUGGGUGGGCACACUUGGAAUAUCAUCACGAACAGUGAUGAGCACGAAAUCUACCUGACGCAGGCGCGCAGCCGCGAUCACUAUGUUAAUGACAGAGGCGAGAUCACUUCCGUGUGGUUCGAGAGGCGCAGGCGCAUACCGCAUUCCGUUGGCGGCCUUGAAGGGGCAAACUGGAGUGCCAACGUGAGGGAGAGCCUGCUAUGCCCAGGUACGCCACGAGAGCACCCUGCGAAAGCCCAGAGGAAUCAACUCUUGCAGGCCGCAGCUCCCCGAGACUUUGGACUUUACACCCGAAGGCGCCGUGAGGUGGCGCCGCCCACCCCUGAGCACCAAGGGCACUUGGACAGGACCCUGGGAAAGGACCAGGUCCGUCUCCGCGACGUGGCAGUGCCUAAAAUGCCAAAGGUGGUGUGCCGGCAAGAGUGGACGCCACGCCGCGGGGAGCCCCGUGUGGAACAGAAGCCUCCCAAGGAGGAGGAGAUGUUCAUGUCGGUGGGCCAGCUGCGGGCAGAGUCCCACGUGGACGUCCAACAAGGUGCUUUCGCGCAGCAGCUCAGCGGCAGCUGCGGCAGCUCCGAACCCAAACUCAGCAAACCUGGAGGAAGCGGGCUCCCAGAUUCCGGAGUGCUUCGUGCUGCUCUCUUCUCGCACCGAAGCUCUGCUGGUACGCCGAAGCACCCCGACGCGCGGGUGAACCACUCGCAGAGUCGGAUGGAGAGCUUUGCCCAGCGGGAGAUCAGCAACUGGGCUUUGGGCGAUGACAAGCUUCUACGGAAGGAUCCCUUCUGCAUGCGGCCCAUGCAGCAGCCCAACAACUCUGGCGUAAAGUACGACAUCAUCACAAAUGUUGCAUGCAUCGUGUGCAUUUCGGCUUCAGUCGAGGUGCAGUGCGGAGGCAUCGAAGAGGACUUCCUUGAAGCGGAGGAAGCAAAGAGGCUGCAGGUGUCCUUGCUCCAGUCAUCUUUAACCGUGGCAAGGACGAAGCCAAAAGCAGAAGUGGAUGAACAUUUAUCUCUCUUCGCAAGCUUCGCAAGCUUCGCAAGCCCUGUUCCAGGGCUUCGGUCAAGCUGGCUAUGGGAGGUUGUGAGCCUGUCAAAUUACGGCAGAGCCGCAAAGGCCGCCAUGGGUAGGCAUCUGGAGCUGAUCCGGACGCUGCCGACGGACAGGACGGCAGUGAGUGGCUUGCCCGCCUUGGUGGUCUUCAUGGUUGCCGCGCUGGUCAUGGUGCUGUUUGUGUCCCAGAUGAUCGGUGCCUUCUUCGAGGAGAGGGGCAAGGAAGAAAGAUACCUUCAGGGCCUUGACGGUUAUCCGAAGCCACGCUGGACGGACCUGGGUCACGGAGAUGGCCAGGAGCGGUCCACGCUGGGGCGAUCCAGCUUGCCGCCCAUGACCUUGCCGAACACACCGCAGGCAAACUCUGAUCAAUGGCAGGCCCAGGGCCAGGCUUCUAGCGCCGUCUCUACCUUGCCCAUGCUGGAUCGCUUGUCUGAGCCCGCUCGGUCUGGUGGCCUUGGCUUUCUUGGCUCGGCAGGGGCUCCCGAGGACCGCUCGGCCAUGUGCCCACGUCUCAUCCAGCCGUCUUCAGAGGCCUCAUUCCACGUCAAUUCGGAGGACCUUGGCUUGCUGCGACGAGGUGAGAGCCCAGUCGCGAUCUGUGGCCCGGCCGGCCAUGCGCUGCUCUACGCGCGCUUUAGCCAGGACAGCAAGGGCCAGUGGCUGGAACUGUCCACCACGGCCAACACUCAGUUUCCUCACUGCCGUGCGGGGCCUCUUCAGCUGGGUGCUACCGCAGCAUCCCUGGACAUCCGGGGCCCUUCCGGCGACCGCUAUGGGCUUUUGCAGAACCGCGGCCAUCACUGGCAGCUUCAGCGCGCUGAAGGUGUGGUGAUGAGCAUUGCUGCAUCCGGUCCAGGCCUGACAGCCACAGCUGACGGCCCGGUGGCCACAGCCUGGCCCGAACGCUCAGGGCUUCUGGUGAAGGUUAGCCCGGGCCGGGAUCCUUUGCUCUCCCUUCUCUGCUUGCUCGUAGUGCUUUUGCUGUCGCCUGAGUUCUCGGACCUUUGA